CAGCUUCUAAUUUAGUCAGCACAAUUACUACUUCUAUUUAAUUACAGAUUAGAGGUAGACAACUCUGUUAAAUAUUUCCAAUUGUCCUUCACCGCAUAAAACGUCACUGCAUUCAAACUAGCCGGAAACUUCUACAAGCAAACCAGAAACCCAAGGAUGUUUCAAAAACCGUGUUUACAUGGGAGCGAAAAUCGAUUGUAGAAGUGAAAACCUGGCAGCUACAUAGCAUUUGCAGAAUAGGUUUUCGAAGUGUUUUCACCAGUAACGAAAGGCGGUUUUGGGAUUCCCAUGUAAACAUACCGCAAUGUUGUUUACCCAUUUGCGCCACUUGCAUUUCCUCCCGCUCGCCGCGCCCUAUCAAUUGUGUGAAGAAAAGUGCGCUUGUCUUUGCAGAUAAAGUGAAGGGCGAAUGUUUGUUGAAAUAGACCAAAAUGAAUCAGAAGACGCCUGUGUCAGUGUUACAAGAGCUAAUGAUGAGAAGAGGACACACUCCGCAAUACGAACUUAUUGUGGAUGGUACAGGAACUCACGAUCCAAUAUUUAAAUACAAAGUUACAGCUGCGGAUAUUACUGCAAUCGGUGAUGGUAGAUCUAAGAAGGAAGCGAAACACGAAGCAGCAAGGAAGGCGUUGUUACGACUCAACCAACCAGAUCCUGCUGUAAAUGUUGCUGAGGUUGAAUCACCGUACAAGGAUAAAACUCAGGAAAACUCUGUUGGCUUGCUAAUUGAUUUGUGUGCUGGACAUAACUUACCGCCGCCUGAGUUUGAUCUUCUUAAAGACGAAGGACCAGCUCACGCCAAGCAGUUUACCAUGUCGUGUACCGUUUCAAAGAAUCAAAAGUUCGCAACAGGCCGAACGAAAAAGCAAGCCAAACAGCUCGCAGCUCGAAAGCUGUAUAAAAAAUUGAGGGAGUCGCUGGGAGAUAUUCCACCAGUUGAAGCAACCAAUAGUAGUCGCCAAAUAUCGGAAGAAGAGUUACAGAAAAAGUUAGAUCUUCUCGGGAAAUCGCCAUUUGCCAGCAACUAUUCUAGUAGCAAUAAAAGUUACGGUUACAAGCUCCCAGAGGUAAUACAUUUGCUGAAGGAAUUGCGCAGUGAGACUCUAGAAAAGCUUAGGAGUGGUAGAGUUGAAAUUGAUAGCAGUGCACUAACAUUAACGGAAGCCAUAGCAAAAGAACUGAACACAAAACUGCAAACAACAACAACAUUGAAAUCCAUACAGAAGAAGGGUGAAGAGGAGAAACACCUUAUAGUUCUGAAAAUGGAGCUGGAUAUUACACUUGUUCAGUACGGAAAAGGACGUACAACAGAAGAAGCUUCACAGAACGCUGCUGCAGCUCUGUUAAGGAAUCUGCUCCUUCUGUCAGCAGGAAGGAGAUCUGGGUGAACUGUUCUCAUAAAAAUAGCCAUCUGCCCCUCCAAUGAUGUUUGUUCUCCGGCCAGUCACCUUUGUGCCUCUCUUUAACAAGAAAAUUGAAUUAAGUAUACUUAUCUUCAUCAUUUAUUUGUAUCUAAUUUCUUCUGUCUGUAAUUUCAGUAAGAAUAUUGUAGGUCACCUACAUCAUUAGCUCACUUUACAUGACUAAUGUAAACAAAUUUAAAUGAUGAUUAACAAUUCAACCUUAUAUAGGGGUGUAUGUUUACUGACAAGGGCUCUUCACAGUAGUCAAAAAUAGCUCCACAACAUCAAUAAGUAGAUUAUCAUUUGCUACCAGAUUUAUCUAAAAGUUUCUAAAUAAAAUUUCAGCAAUGGUAUAGAAACUGUCUAGAAUAAACAUUUUUUUUUUUAAUGUCACCACUCACCUGUAGCAUCAACUAAUUAUUGAAUUCUGGUCCAGUAAGUAAUUAUAUUAGUUGUGUUUGUGUAAAGACAAGACAAGACAUUACAUGUAUGUGGUGCUUUGUCAGUGUUAACAGAUACUACAAAUAAAUGGACACAAACUGUAAUUACUUGUGUCUGAUAUAUAGUUUAUGUAGUUACAAGGUAAUGAAAUGUAAGCCUUUGUUUUUAGCACAAUUCAGUAUAAUAGAUGACACUUUUCCAUUAGUUUGCCCACUGAAACUGUUUGUUUCAUUUGUGUGAUUUAUUUCUUUGGAAUUUAGUUUAUUAGAAGAUUUUGAUGUCUGAUUGUGAGAGGGAAGUAUCUGGUGGAGAACAGAGACCACACUAUCCUGUAUGGUGACAGAUUCAAAGUGAACAUUUUUAUGAUGUGAUCUAAUGAAGAGAACAAGGACACCAAUAGCAGUUUUGUAAUUAUGUUUGUGAGAUUAUGUAAAUUAAAAUGAUCAAUAUUAUUUAUACUAGUGGAUAGCAGGAUUAAUAUUUUCUUUAUUUGUUGAGGCACAGCCUUUUAUGCAGGCUGAAAAAGUAUGACCAUUUAAAUAAUGUUUAGGUGCAAAGAAAGUAAAAAUGGGAACAGAUGGCAGUUUCAUAUUUCAA